AUGGCGCUCGCCUCCCCCGUUCCCACUCAGGAGCGCGGUAUCACCACCAUGCACGAGGGUCGGGCGCGUCUCUCCUUUGCGGAGCGCGCCGAUAUCCUCGGUCUCUCGCUCGACGACCUCAUCAGCCAAGAUCGCCAAAACGUCCUGGCCAAGUACAGGCAGAACGUCAACCUCGUCAAGGCUGCUCUCGCUGCCGGUGAAGACCUCACUAGCGGCCUCCUCGGUACUGUUUCCGGCCUGCUCGGCAAGCGCGCUGGCUCCGCCGCCACCAUCAAGCUUACGGACGUCGUCUCUGGCAACGUCGACGAGCUUUACUAUGGGCCUCUCAACAUGGGUACACCGGCUCAGACCAUCCAGUUCGACUUUGACACUGGAUCUGCCGAUCUCUGGACACCCAUCCAGAACUCGGACGCAUACAAUGACGGUACACACUUCAACACUGCCGCUUCUUCGACCUACAAGAACACCACCCAGCCCUUCCAUGACGAGUACGGAUCGGGCAGCGUCGACGGGUCUCUCGGUAUCGAGACUGUUCGGUUCGGCGGGUUGACCUCCACCUCGCAGUACUUUGGCGCCGCCACACACGUAUCAUCUUCAUUCAACAACAACCCCGCCACCGGACUCUGCGGUCUCGCCUACAAGUCCAUCGCCUCCACUCGCCAGAACCCCCUCCACGUCAACCUCCAGGCACAGGGCCAGCUCGCCGCCGCCAAGUUCGGCUUCCGGCUCACUCGGGGCACUUCUACCGGCGCCGAGCUCACCAUGGGCGGUAUCGCUUCCGACUACGCUAGCGCCUCCUUCAAGACCACCCCUGUCACGUCCAAGACAUACUGGGAGGUCGGGACCAACGGUAUGAGCGUCAAGAACACCGUCACCGGCUCGAGCUUCCCCGCUGCGAUCGACACUGGAACUACCCUCGUCUACAUCCCCACCUCCGCCGCCAGUGCCUUCUACGCCGCCAUCCCCAACUCCAAGAGCAACGGUGACGGCUCAUACGACUACCCCUGCAGCUUCACCGGCCCCGUCGGUAUCUCCUUCCCCAAUGCCGGCAACCUCAACUUCAACAUUGCCGACCUCAACCUCGGCAAGACCAGCUCCACCAUGUGCCGAGGUGCCGUCCAGGGCAUGGACGUCCAGGAUGCCAACGGGAACAACUUUGCCAUCGUCGGGGACGUCUUCAUUAAGAGCUACUACACCGUCUUUGACUUCAGCGCCAACACUGUCGGCUUUGCUGCAGCAUAA